AUGCUGUGGCGUAAGCUAAGCUCGAAGACAUCCGAAACCUGGCUGUCCUACAGGCGGCCAAACGCUGAAGCCUCAGUCAGGCAGUCCACGGCAUUUCUCCGAGGUGUUUCGCGAGCGAUAAACGGCCUUGGGCGAAGUUUUCGUACAAUCUAUGCGUACGGACAGGCGGUGAACACGCCACAAUAUUGGAAGGAAGCGGAGAUGUCCUCACUCACGUGGGCUUUGAUGUAUUUCUCGGUAAGAAUCAGACGCCCGUGCAGCCUCAUUGUCGUGCUCAAGUCGCACCGAAGACUCCACGUGAUUUCCAAUUACACCAUUAGAUCAGUCGCCGACGGUCGUUUCCGGUAA